UGAAGAAGUGGAAAGUGUUACGCCUUCAAACUCCAAUGAAUAGGUACACAUACACUCACAUGCCUUGAUGAGAACAAAGCUGAAAAAAUAAAAUGAAAAACAAAAGAAAGCUGACAGGCUUCACACCCACAGCACUCACUUAACGCUUCCCCACCCUUCAUGACUGACCUCAAGACUUCCUGUCUCAUUGUGAGGCUUCAGUGGCGUCUCUUACAAAGGAUGAAAGGCUUAAAUUGAUUUCAGACUUACUGAAGUGGCCAGAGAGUUGGUGAAGGGCAGAGAAACUGUAAGACAGUAAGGAAAACAAAAGGUGAGAGAGAAUUUAGUGAGGAUCACGAUGAGGAAAAUGCUACUUCUCAUCAUCUGGCUGUCCUCUGCAGUCAGAUGCCAACAUCCAAAGAUUCGUGUAUCAGCCCAGGAGGGAGGACUGGCUAAUAUCUCCUGCCCGUAUGACUCUGGAUAUGAAACAUAUCCUAAAUACUUCUAUAAAGGUCUUUAUGCUCACAGGCAUAUUGUCAUUGAAACUGCUGCUGGAAAACAAGGAAGCUCACAAAACAGGAAAUAUUAUAUUUGUGAUGAUACCAAGCAAAGAGUGCUGCAUGUGACCAUCCAUAACGUCAACCUGAACGAUGCCGGGACAUACUGGUGUCAGAUAGAUGCAUAUUUGUUUCAUCCUAGGACAGAAAUUGAACUCAAAGUCUACAAAGCUCCUGCACCUCCUAAACCUCCACUGGUCACCUCAAAUCCUCCUGUUUCAACAACAGUUCAAACCAUCACCAGGAAUCAGCAACAGCCAGCAGUGUCAGAUAGUUCCAGUACAACACUGUGGCCCACACCACCUGCAGAUAUGUAUACAGGAAACAAGCUGUACUUCCCUGUGGUUGCUGCUGCUGCUGCUGCUGCUGCUGUCCUGCUGCCGAUGGUGUUUUUUAACUGUUGCUUGAGGAAACACAGACAUGAUACAGGAUGUGAGUUAUCUCAGUUUAACACAGAAAUGAACUGACUUAACCCUUAUUAUUGAAUUAUGGGAUAUAACCAUUUGUGUGUUAUUGUGUGUUAUUCCCAGCAACAUUUGGAGGUGAGGCAGCCCCGUGGAUCAACACAUGGAGUACGGUUUUAUACAUGAAGAGUCAGAACAGCUGCAGCAUCAGGAGCCUCUACAUUGAGGCCAGAGACCCACACAUCAGUGAUGACAGUUGUCUGCUCUACUCCUCGGUCUGCUUUAACCCAACCGAGCAGCCAACGUCUUCUCAUCCUCUGCUCGUCAAACAGUGACACUUGAGCCAUGCUCACAAAGGAACUUUCCCCAGUGACUAGGAACCUUUGGUGGAAGGUUCCCUUACAGGCACUAAGGUCCAAAUGAUGUUCUGGGGAUAUUAUUUCAUCACACAACAAGUCCCUGCUAGAGGGGCUCAACUCCAAUAGUACAGACACUUUGGGGGUGGGCCUUCAAUGCUGAACAUUUCUGACUGGUCAAGUACUCACAGAAUCUUCUUAUAAUUCUGGAUAGCUGAAGGUAAACCACUUUGUCUACUGGGGUGACUAAGCCAGUUCACUCUUUUACCUGUGUUUUAUCGAAUGACAUAGUUCAAUACUGAUUUUGUUUCACCUUUCUAUCUAUAUGUGUUUUAAGGAAGAUGAUUUCACAUUACAUAUCCUUGGCAACACAUACUCUUGGAACUAUGAAAUUAAAGGAGCAGCUUCCCAUGUUACAAUGUCAGGCUAUGAAACGCCUUAACCCCUUAACGCCUAUUGUCGCAAAUUUGCCUCAAACUGCUUCUAUUCAGAAUGCAGCUGAGACAGUGCAUGUGUUCCCCGCAAUGUCGGUUCAUUCCAUAUAUUAGAAGACAAAAUGAACAUAAUUAAUCUAGUACACACACAUACAUGCACAUAUUUGUUUUUUUGUUGUUGUUGUUUUGUUAUCAUUGUCAUGAUGAAGUUUUGA